AAAACACCCGCCGAAAAAAAAUAAGCUGCCACAUUUCCAUGGCAGCAGCCGCCCGUUCCUCCGCCGUAUUCAAACGGGCAGCUUCAACCGCCGCCCAAGUUCUCCGACACCAGAACUUCUCCUCAGCGGCGGCGGCAGCGGAUAUUCACCGGCCGGGGGAUUUCUACUGCGACGAUAGUGAAGGCGAAGAAAGUGCAGUGUAUCAGCAUACCCUCAAAUUCCAACGCCCGUCAACCAUAAAACAACACCAGCUUCUCCAUAACUCCGUCAGUCUCAUAGGAAAAAUUGAUUACCCAUUCAAAAGAGUUAACACUAAAAACGGCUCUUUUGGGGUUCAUACUUUACUCAGUGUCUCCGGUUCUUCUCAAUCCCGUUCGUCUUUUAAAGUUAUGUUGAAGAUGUGGGAUGAAAUGGCGGAAGUGUCAAUGGAGCAUUUGAAAUCGAAUGACUUGGUAUACGUUUGGGGUCAUUUGGGAUCAUACAUCAAGACUGAUGAGAAUGGUAAACAUAAGAUGAGAUACCAGGUAGAUGUGAAGGAAAUAAAUUUCGUGACUCCAGAUGUUCAAGCCUUAGCAACCCCAGAAUUUCAGAAGAAAGAAUCAAGAGGUGAAGAUGAAUUGGAGAACUACAGGAACCGGAUCCAAUUGUGGCAAAUUUUCUUAGCUAGCCCUUUUGAAUGGAUGGACUUCAGGAAGAGUAAAAUCAAUCCUAAAUACCCAGACUUUAAGAACAGAGAUACUGGUGAAGUUCUCUGGCUCAGGACAGAUGAUCCACCAUGGAUAAAAAGACAGUUGGAUAUCCUAGAUUCAAGAUUUUCUUACGAAAGUUUCUAAGAACAAUUAAGCUCCAUCAAAGACAUGUCCUUUUGAAGGGCCCAGAGCAAUGUUGAAACCUGGUCGAAGAGAAGUUCCAUGGGUCUUCACAAACAUCAAAGGUACUGUUGGCUAUGUGCAUACUUCGUAUAAUACAACUUGCUUUGGUAAAUAGAACAGGAUCUAUCCCCAUUAUAAAUGAGAAGAAAGCCACUGUUUGUUUAUGUCACAAGUUAUGUAAUCUUAGCAGUAGUACUAGUUGUUUAGUGCUGCUUCUUGAAAAAUAUGUCUUGUACAUAAGCUUCUUGUAAUACUUGUAUUAUGAAAUUUCUUGACCGUUUCCAUGUUACCA